UAUGAAAUAUUCUCUGCCGUGUCGUUUAACCCUGUCGUCUGUCCUGCCGUCUGUCCUGCCGUCUGUCCUGCUGUCUGGCCACUUUAGACUGCGAACACGGUUUUAGUACAGAAUUACUGACCCGGUUCUAACUGGCCGUCAGCAACAAGAAGGCGUCAGUGCACACGGUGCAUGGGAUUUAUAUACGCCAUGGUGGAGCCGGUUCCCGAGUCCAUCAGCUUCCCCUUGGAGGAAGAGAAGAUCCUCCAGUUUUGGCAGGAGAAGGACUGUUUCCAAGAAUGCCUCAAACAGUCCAAGAACAGACCCCGAUAUACCUUCUAUGACGGCCCGCCCUUCGCCACCGGUCUGCCACACUACGGCCACAUCCUGGCUGGCACCAUUAAGGACAUCGUGACCCGCUUCGCCCACCAGAGUGGCUUCCAUGUGGACCGACGCUUCGGCUGGGACUGCCACGGCCUGCCUGUGGAGUUCGAGAUCGAUAAGACGCUGGAGAUUAAAGGUCCUGAGGAUGUGGCCAAGAUGGGCAUCGCCGAGUACAACAAGCAGUGCAGGAACAUCGUCAUGAGAUACUCCAACGAGUGGGAGACCUCGGUGAGGAGGAUGGGCCGCUGGAUCGACUUCAGAAAUGACUACAAGACUCUCUACCCCUGGUUCAUGGAGACUGUUUGGUGGGUCUUCAAGCAGCUGUAUGAUAAGGGUUUGGUGUACCGGGGGGUCAAAGUCAUGCCUUUCUCCACCGCCUGCAACACCCCGCUCUCCAACUUUGAGUCCAACCAGAAUUAUAAGGAUGUUCAGGAUCCGUCGGUGAUCGUCAACUUCCCGCUGGUGGAGGAUGAUGGCGUGUCUUUGAUUGCCUGGACAACCACGCCGUGGACUUUACCCAGCAACCUGGCCCUCUGCGUCAAUCCAGACUUACUCUACGUCAGGGUCAAAGACAACAGCACGGAGAAGACCUACAUCAUGAUGGAGGCCAGGCUGGGCGCUCUGUUUAAGUCUGAGAGCGAGUACUCCAUCCUGGACAGAUUCCCUGGCAAGGUGCUGAGAGGAAAGAAAUACAAGCCUCUCUUCCCGUACUUCUCCAAGUGUGGGGAGACGGGGGCCUUCCAGGUGGUGACAGAUAACUACGUCAAGGAGGAGGAAGGUACAGGAGUGGUCCACCAGGCCCCCUACUUUGGAGCUGAUGAUUACAGGGUGUGCAUGGACUACAACAUCAUCCAGAGGGACCAGACUCCUAUCUGCCCCGUGGACGCCUCAGGCUGCUUCACCGCAGAGGUCACCGACUUCGUGGGGCAGUACGUCAAGGAUGCUGACAAGAACAUCAUGAAGUGGCUGAAGGAGAAGGGUCGUCUGGUCAACGCCAGCUCCUUCAAACACAGCUACCCCUUCUGCUGGAGGUCUGACACGCCGCUCAUCUACAAAGCCGUCCCCAGCUGGUUUGUCCGUGUGGAGCACAUGGUGGAAAAACUGUUGGAGAACAAUGGAAAAUGUUACUGGGUUCCAGAGUUUGUCCGGGAGAAGCGGUUUGGGAACUGGCUGAGAGAUGCCCGGGACUGGGCCAUAUCCAGAAACCGCUACUGGGGCACGCCCAUCCCUCUCUGGGUCAGCGACGACUUUGAGGAGGUGGUGUGUGUAGGGUCCAUGGCUGAGCUGGAGGAACUGACAGGUGUCAGGGUAACAGAUCUUCACCGGGAGAGUAUCGACGGUCUGACCAUCCCAUCGCGCUGUGGGAAGGGCGUGCUGCGCCGGGUGACGGAGGUGUUCGACUGCUGGUUUGAAAGCGGCAGCAUGCCGUACGCCCAGGCCCACUACCCCUUUGAGAACCGGAAGGAAUUUGAGGACACCUUCCCUGCAGACUUCAUCGCUGAAGGCAUUGACCAGACCAGAGGAUGGUUCUACACCCUGUUGGUUUUGUCCACGGCUCUGUUUGGCAAGCCACCUUUCAAGAACGUCAUUGUUAAUGGACUGGUGCUCGCCAGCGAUGGACAGAAGAUGAGCAAGCGCAAAAAGAACUACCCUGACCCAGGACUGAUCGUGCAGAACUACGGAGCUGAUGCCCUCAGAUUGUAUCUGAUCAACUCCCCCGUGGUGAGGGCGGAGAACCUGCGCUUCAAAGAGGAAGGAGUCCGAGAUGUGCUGAAGGACGUCUUCCUGCCCUGGUACAACGCAUACCGCUUCCUGGUGCAGAAUGUGCAGAGGCUCAGUAAGGAGGACAACAUUCAGUUCCUGUACAAUGAGAACACCGUGAAACAAAGCGACAACAUCAUGGACAAGUGGAUCCAGUCCUUCACCCAGUCCCUUAUCCAGUUCUUCAAGGCAGAGAUGGACGCAUACCGGCUGUACACUGUGGUGCCGCGCCUUGUCAAGUUUGUGGACAUGCUCACCAACUGGUACGUCAGGACCAACCGACGCCGGCUCAAGGGGGAGAGUGGAACUGAGGACUGCCUGUGGGCGCUGGAAACCCUCUUCAGUGUCCUGUUUUCCAUGUGCAGGCUGAUGGCUCCGUUGACUCCCUUCAUCACAGAAAUGAUGUACCAGAACCUGCGCCAACUCAUUGACCCAGCCUCCGUCGAGGAGAAGGAUGCCAGCAGCAUUCACUAUCUCAUGCUGCCCCAAGUCAGGGAGAGUUUGAUUGACAAGCGCAUUGAGAAUGCUGUCUCCCAGAUGCAGUCGGUGAUUGAGCUCGGAAGAGUUAUCCGCGACAGGAAGACGUUGCCUGUUAAGUAUCCGCUGAAGGAGGUGGUUGUGAUCCAUCAGGACCCAGAGGCACUGAAAGACAUAGAGUCCCUACAGAAAUACAUCCUGGAGGAGCUCAACGUGCGUCAGCUGACCCUGUCAACAGACAAGGACAAGUACGGCAUCCGGCUAAGGGCGGAGCCAGACCACAUGGUUCUGGGCAAGAGGCUGAAAGGGGCCUUCAAAGCCGUCAUGGCUACCAUCAAGGAACUAAAGAGUGAACAGCUACAGACCUUCCAGAAGACUGGCUCCAUCAUGGUGGACGGCCAUCAACUGCAUGAGGAGGACCUGAGGCUGAUGUACACGUUUGACCAGGCCUCCAGCUCAGCGGUGCAGUAUGAGGCACAUUCAGACGCACAGGUGUUGGUUUUACUCGAUGUGACUCCAGACCAGUCAAUGGUGGACGAAGGUGUUGCCAGAGAGGUCAUCAACCGCAUCCAGAAACUCCGCAAGAAGGGCCACCUGGUGCCAUCAGAUGAGAUUCGGGUGUACUACCGCUGCCAGCCAGCAGGGGAGUACCUGGACGACGUCAUCCGCGCUCACACUGACUUCAUCCUGGCAACCACCAAGGCCCCCCUACUGCCCUACCCGGUCCCCAAAAAUGCCAGCGUCAUCGUAGAAGAGAAGACUCAGUUGAAGGGUUCAGAUCUGGAGUUGGUCAUCGUGAAAGGAUCUUCGGCCUCCACAGUUUCUCUGAAUGGACCGGCUUGCUCCUUUGUUAACCUCAAGGUCAAAGUUGCCAACAAGGAACAAGAGGGCAUGGUCCUGCUGGAGAACCCCAGAGGAGACAACCGACUGAACCUGGCCCAGCUCAGGAUGGUCUGCAGUAGUGUCUUCAGAACCAACAGCAGCCCGCUGGCCUUUUUCAGCGGCGGCACUGAACUUACUAACGAGCUGGACCUCCUGGUGCUGAGUGGUAAAACUCUGUUAGUGACGACAUCAGGCUCUGCUCCGAGCCCCUCCCCCAGCUCAGACACCCUCCUCUGCCCUUAUGUCAACCUUCAGCUCUGCAACGCACAGCCGGCUGAGUGUCAGACGGGAGAGGUGGGUACCCUCCUCCUGGUGAACCCCUCGGGCCAGAACUGUUUGGACCAUCCAGGUCUGCUUUCUGAGACCGCCAAGGUCUUUGGCCUGCGUGGCAGACGGCUGCGGCUUUAUCUGGACCAGGAGCUGACGGAGGAGCUGCCUGCUGACUCUCCGGUGAAAUCUCUGGACACGAAAACCUUGUUUGUCCGGGUUCUCCCGACCACCGCUGAGGCGUAGAUCCACCAAGCCCAAAUCUUCUGUAACGGCAUCUUAACACUAGCACGAUCUGUCUGAAAUCACAUUAGUCUCAAGCGUUUUCUAGUGUUAAGAUGCUUGUGAGGAUUCUUGACCCAGAACAGACCAGACCCAUUUGUCAAGACCACCACAAACAGCCAUGCAUUGAGAUGUUCAGUCUUCUCGAGAUGCACAGAUUGCUCCUCUUCAGACGUGACAUUGUGCUCCUUCCCUGCUUAAGAAAACGAGAGAUGUUCAACUCGAAACCGCGUUACCAUUUUGACCCAAGACUCGCCAGAACUCGCCAGGACUCGCCAGAACUCACCAGGACUCAGCCCGUGAAUCAGUUUGUCUGCAGUCGCGUCUCCUCUCGUGUGCUGCUGCACAAACAGACGAUGGAAGCACAUCGUGCUGUCAGUCAAGCCAUGUUCCUGCAGGACCACAGAGAGAUCUGUUAGAGGGAAGAAAGACACCGUCAGUUAGAAAACCACUCCCCUCCCCUGACAGCUCCACAGACAGGCUGAACACAUGACUCCAUGUGAAGGGGCUGAUUAUUACACACAAUGGUCAUUUUCUGGGUUUUUCUUUCUUUCUUGUAAACGGCUCAAAAACUUACUUUCAGUGUUCAAACAACACCGUCAAGGAAAACGUUCUUUAACUUUGGAUGCAUCCCCCCCCCCCCCAAAUAAUACAUCCAUCCCCACCCAAAAAACCCCGCCUCGGGUUGGUGUUAAUGAGCAGAAUGCUGCCCUGUCAGUCCCGUACACGAAUAAACCAAGUGAACAGCGGAAGAGGUCUCAGAGCAGCUCUGCUGUUCGUUAAAUUUAGGGGAACGUGGUGACAAGACGACCUGGACUUUGUCUUGCUGUCGACUGAAAAACACCAGGGAGCUUCUUUUUUUUAUCACGCUAAUGCUAAUUUGAUGCAGUCAUUGUCCUAUCGAGGCUUUCAAUUAAAGGUAGCUCGGUCUGGAAUUAUAAUUACUCUGGUCCUGGAUUGCGAGUGCAGUUUCGGGCCCCUUGUGAUCACACGCUCAUUUGAAUUUAAAUGACAAAACCUUCCCGUUCACGACAUAGAGAAAAAAGGACCAGCAUCUCUCCAUUUAAAAGAUGACGUGGAUUCUGGCAUUCAGGAUUUGUGUGGAAUAAAAGGGUCUUGUGUUGAAACGUCUGUACAUGGGAAAUGUAUUCAUGUUGGUGACAAAUGGAAGAAAUAAAGUGGCAUGAAUC